UGCGCACACUCGAAGAUUUGCGCAUCUGGUCGUCAUCAGCAGAAGCAGCAGCAGCAGCUUUUCAUGCUCAGAUGUGACUCAACCGGAGUGAGAACAGAGCUUCUUCUUCUUGUAUGCCUUCUUAGAAAUACUCAUUUGAAAGUCGCUCUUUGGCCGCAGGACAAACACAGACUAAUGUUUCUCUGGUCUGACGCGCACCGCUGGAUGGAUUGGCUGUAACGGGCUCGACUGGGGAAAAGCAGAAAACUUUAAGUUUGUUUGAGCCGUCUGCGGCUGAUGUGGAUGUGAACAGAUCUGCCUCUCGCUCGGAAAACCCGAGGUUCUAUCUGGCGGUUUUCUGGAGACGCGGCUUGUGCGUUCUGCAUGCACGGAUCUACUUGGCUCGCUUGUGAUCCUUUCCUUUCUUUUUAUUACCACUCCGUUUUUUCCGCCGUACCCCAGUUGCGUCAUGACUUCUAGCUAUGCACAUGUAAUGGACAGGCAAGCUACGAUAUCAAACCGCCUGGAGAGUCCGAUCACGUCGAACCUGGACAACCUGCAAGCCAAAAAAAACUUCUCGGUCAGCCACCUGUUGGAUCUAGAAGAGGCAGGGGAAAUGGUUGGCAGCCACGCAGACGAGAGCGUCGGGGAGGCGGGGAGGAAUAUGCUGGAGUCUCCGGGGCUAACCAGCGGGAGCGACACGACCCAGCAGGAGAAUGAGCAGAUGAACACAGAGGAAAAGAAAAAGAGGAAGCAGCGCAGGAACAGGACCACAUUCAACAGCAGCCAGCUUCAGGCUCUGGAGAGAGUGUUUGAGAGGACACACUACCCUGAUGCCUUCGUCAGAGAGGACCUGGCUCGCCGGGUCAACCUCACCGAAGCCAGAGUCCAGGUUUGGUUUCAGAACAGGAGAGCUAAGUUCCGCAGGAAUGAGAGAGCCAUGCUGGCCAGCAAAAAUGCCUCACUCCUCAAAUCUUACUCAGGAGAUGUGACAGCGGUGGAGCAGCCUAUUGUCCCUCGGCCUGCACCACGCCCGAAUGAUUACCUGUCUUGGGGAAGUGCUGCCCCCUACAGCUGGUAUCCAAUGCCGGAGGGGGGGCCAGUGCGAGUGCCACAGAAAAUGCUGCCCUCAGAGAACAAUGGCAUGGCCACCUACCCACCCACCUGCUCCAACCCCAAUACGUCCCAGGGAAUGAACAUGGCCAACAGCAUCGCCAACCUGCGGCUCAAAGCCAAGGAAUACAGCUUGAACCAGGUGCCCACAGUCAACUGAGAGAAGGAGAGGCUGCGGACUUGCACAGGAGGGGAGGGAACCUCUCUCCUGCUGUACCCCUGCAGACGGACAACGUCUCUGAGAUGAACAUCAACUCACAUAGCCUGGAUCAUGAAGUCUUCCCUCCUUUGUGGUGCAGCCAUGAUGGCAUACUACUACCACCUACAUGCAAAAUGUUGGACACCAAAUGAUGGCAGGAUUUUCAUCAAGCCUUUCUCCUGAGCAUCACUGAACUCUUGUUCAUACAAAAAGACAUCUAGAUUGGAUGCUGUAACCAAAUAUCUGCAUAGUUUUACAUUUGUGUUUGUGACUGAAAAGGAGGGGGAGUUCCAAUCAGACAACUUGUUCUAAUGGAGACUCAUAUAUGGAGUACGUGGAACCCCUUUGUCCCGUUUUUCUGUGGUGUCGGACUGAAUUACACGCCAAAAUUGGAAUAAUAUUCUUUCUUUCUUUUUAAGUCAACAACAAACCACCAAGGACUUCCUCUGACAUUUCUUAAUUUUUUUAAAGAUAGUUUUGUUUUUUUCACAUUUCUUUCCAUGUUAUGCCACUGACAAGCAAACAUUUUCAAUGCAUUUUGAUUUUUAUGUAAUAGUCCAAUAUAAAGGAAAGGCUAAUGUAUUUCUGAAUCCAAAAACAAGUAGAUAAUAUCCUAUGAUAUCCUUUAUUUGUAACAAGAAAAACUUGUAUAUUAAUAAAAAAGCAUUUCAAACAAUGCCAUGGCACAGUGUCCAACUUGACCAGUCUUAGAAAGGAAGAAAAAACAAGUGGUUUCCUCCUUUUGAACCACUUUUCCAGUUUUUCAACUGUUUCCUUAAACAAUCACAGAGUGAAUCCUAAUGGUAGGAAGAUUUAUUACAUAAUAUAAGAGAAAUAUGAAUACUACAAUACAGUCUGACUUAAAUCACGCUUCGGAAACUAUAAGGAAUAAGUAUGUUUAUUGUUGAGACCAUUUGGAAAGCAAAAUGAUCCUGGACUUCGUUCAUGCCCCAUAAAAGAGAGAUUUACAACCCGAGAACAUAUUCUCCUUCAGAGAAAUCUCAAGCUGUUCCUGCUUUGUGUGUGUUUCUUUUCCUGAUUACCACAACCUGAAAUUUCCAUCUUAAAAACAGAAUAUUUAUGAGCAGGGAAAUCCUCUCCUUAAUAUGGAGGGCCCCUGGGCCUCGUUUAACUCUGUGGUUGUCAUGCAAGGUGUUUCUUCUCCGUGGCCCCUCAUAACCUUCACUGUCAACAAACACAUGUCAACACUCGUCCUCGAACGGCACACACAGGCCGUAAAAGCAGGGCUGAAUGAAAUUGAAGCUGAUGAAGUAGUGUUUCGCUUUUUGCAAGACUUGAAGCUACACAUGUAUUCACGUGACAUGUUCCUAGAAAAAGCUAUUUGCAGAGGUUUAUUAUUUACAAGUCACAAAUACCUUAGAAAGGAUUAACCCUGAUGUGCAUCUUUGCCAAUCAAUUCUCUUCAAAAAGUCUGUCGUUUAAAUUUAUGCUGACAGUGGCAAACAUUACAAAGUUUUAAGUGCUUAAUAAUUGUUCUUCAUUUUUACCAACUUCAGCCUAAAAGCAACACAUCUAAUAUUGGUUAUUUCAAGAAAAGAAAAGAAAAGAAAAGAAAAGAAAAGAAAAGAAAAGAAAAGAAAAGAAAAGAAAAGAAAAGAAAAAGUAUUUAAACUUUUAGACUUUAAACUUUGCAGGUUUCAAAUUCCAUAUUUAACACUAAAUAUGUGAUAAUGUCAUUAAAUAUCAGUGUUGCUUUGUCAGAAUCUUUGAAAAACUCUUAGAAGCAGCCUCAUUGUUGCUUGAGGAAAGAACUUUUUGUCAAGUCUUAGAAAGGGAGUGAGGUAUAAGAACAUCAUGUAAGCUGUCAUCUGUCUGGAAGGAGAGAAUUUAAUGUUCCCUUUUUUUCUAAUAAAAAAGGACUUCAAUUUAGACUAUACUUUCAAGUGCAGUAUUGUCAUUUUUAGUAAAUAAAGGGCAUAAGGAA